AUGAGUCCAGUGCGGCCAUCUACCGCUCGAAACAGGAGCACAGCACUCUCUCAUUGGCCGGCUGGAGUUCCCAUCUGCAAAGAGUGCACAGAGCGUUGGAGGUCCAUCCAGUGCGAGUUCAAAGAGGGCACGUCGCAGGUAGACAAGAUAUUCUUCAAUUCCGCAGGUGGUGCACUGUGUACAAAUAGCAGCGAUAGGCUUCAAGUGACAAAGGUGGACGGGGUCUUUUUGGCGGCAGAAGCUGGCAACAAAGACUGGUCUGCGGCCAGCGAAGGUUUCAUAUGGUCUCCUGUGGCAGUUGACACAGACAGGCUGUUCAGCUUCGUGAUUAUCAAGACUCUGCAGCAGAAGGCUUGCGGGGGAGAUAUGGUCGCCGCCCUCCGAGAGAUAAUUGUGGAGGGAAACCCCAUGGCUGCCUGCAGGGGAACUUUGACCGGAGAACCUGAGGACAAGAACGACAAGGACACGUCGUCCGUCAAGUACCAAUGCAGCCAGCAGGAGGUGACGGCCUGCAAUAGCAAGUACACGCGGACAACCAACAGCAAGUACAUCCAAUGCGGCAUGUCCGACUCCAACUGCCUCAGCAUCGGACCACUAUGCUUGCCAGACUGA